AUGGGGAAGGCGUUACAGUAUUGCGGGCCGGGCGGCGCCACAGUGCUCUCCGCCAUGCGAUACCGGCAGUGUGAGUCCUGCAAAAGCGCCAUCGUCAUGAAACGAAACUUCGGAUCUCUUAACCUCGCAGCGCUGGACCUCAGCAGCCCCUUCCAAAGGGGCGCUGACGGCGCCGAGUGCAGCCUAGUAGACAGCUUUUCGGCCUUGGACCCCAGCGCAGAGGACUGCAGCUUGGACGCCAGCGGCUCCGAAUACAGCAGCGACGAGAACGUUGGAUUUCCCAUGGAGCGUCUGGAUAUGCCGCGUGCCAACGUGCAUCAGUUAAACAUCGAUCAGGACAUGGGGGGCGACGUCGUGCCUGAAUUUACUCUGCCUACUCGUAGCCAGUCAACCUGCCAGUCACGCAGCGAGAACGGUAACGCGAGGGCGAGCCGGCUACACCCAGCGUCGUCGCAACACCUGCACGACCAGCACCAGGUGGAGCUGAACGCGCUGAGGUGUCUAAGCCUCAAGGUGAUGCUGUCCAACUUGACUACGUCCAACAAUUCUAGCAACAGUACCGAUGCGUCCAACAAGCCCAGCUACUCAUAUCCCGGCGUAAACGACCACGCCAAGACAGCCCUACUGCCGAUCCGUCAGCCGUCGCUUCAGAGCGUCUAG